UACCCAACUCCCCAAAAGAGAAAAAGAAAACAACAAAAGGGCUUCCAGACUAAUCCUACCUAUGAUCUAAUCAUGUCAAGUCCAGAGCGCAAUCCCACAGUAACUGGAGUUCCCCUUCCAGAUAUUGUUGUAAUUGCGCCCCACCUAUGAUCUCAGAGACCUCAACCAUGACAUCACAACAUAGCAUACAAGACAGUAUAAAGCAUCGUCUUGACCUCAAUCCCCCAACUCAAUUCAAUCAACUCUCUAAUUCUUAAACUAUCCUCAAGUACUCAAUAUCACCGUUACUUCCACUUCCUUUUUCGAAGUUUUACAAUCGAACCUCAAUUGUUCAAAAUGUCAGCCGGCCAAUCUAGCGUGGGCAACCGCAGUCUCUACGAAGCAGGCGACCAGCGCAACCAGCCCCAGUCCAUCCUUAACGAGCAGGACCGCUACAACGAGGGCCAGAAGCAUAGCCAUAAGAACUUGGAUCCGAAGGACAACCGCUCCAUCGCCAACAAGCUCGCUGCUCGUGAACAGCAGCCUGACCCCAGCCAUCAUCACAACGAUGAUAUUGACCCCGAGGCGGAGAUCAGCAAGAAGGACUCUACUAAGCCGGCCAAGCUGCAUGGCAAUGAGCCAUCAAAGGGAGCCAAGAUUGACCAGGAGCUCCAGGAAGAAGACGAGCAGCGACUGAGGGAGAAGGGUAUCAAGAAAUAAACUUAUACUGGGAGUCAUGGCGUAACGGCAAAAGGUUAUGCUUCUUCGUCCGCAGUUUGGUAUAAUAAGGCAUACUUUGUAAUUUUAGCAUGUACCGGUUGACGAAAUAAUGGGAAAUUGAUGAGCAUUAACGUGCA